UCUGAUGUGUGGAGUCCCCCCGCCUAAUAAAUUAUACUUUUGUCUUGUGUGUCGACAUUGGGAUUGUUGUCCCUAGCAGGGAAUGUGUUAAACUCAGAGGAUACAGCGUGGCAGUGGCUGGUGUUGCAUUUAGUGCAGUAUCAGCCGCUGAGAGUAUAAAUAUCUACAAUUUUCAAUAUGGAUGAGGAUAGUGCCGAAACGAUAACUGAAAAGAUUGCAGAUCUUGCAGUAAGUGAUGAUGGAGGAUCUUUACCUGGAGAAAACUUGGAGACAGAGAUGAGUGAGGAAGUCAAGCAGGGGACCUCGGAUGUUGGAAUUUUAUUGGGCAGUGAGGUGAUAACUUCAGCUGAAAGAGAAGUACCCACAGCUGCAACGCCAAUAGAAUGUUGUGAAGCUGUGAACUUGGAAGCAGAGCAUGAAAUCAGCCCGGAUGAAGAGAACGAGUCAGGAUCUCCUACAAAAAGCAGUAAAUGGAGUGCUUGGGGUUCGUGGGGCAAAUCCAUCCUGUCUUCAGCGAGUGCAACAGUAGGACAUGGAAUAUCAGCAGUAAAAGAGAAAGCAGCCACCUUAGGAAUGCGAAACUCAAUAUCAGAGGAGAGCGAUGUUGUUCCUCAUGCAUCAGACACUGAAGGACAAGGAACAUCUGAGAAAGAAGAGGGUGCCACUGAAGAACUUUCACCAUCAUCUGGUCCCCGUGGAGUAUUUUCAGCCCUAACAAAUGCUGUACAAAGCACUGGUAAAACUGUUCUGACUGGUGGCCUUGAUGCUCUAGAAUUUAUUGGUAAAAAGACAAUGAAUGUAUUGGCAGAAAGCGAUCCUGGAUUUAAAAGAACAAAAAUACUAAUGGAGAGGACUGCUUCUUUAUCACAGAUGUUACGGGAAGCUAAAGAGAAAGAACAACAGAGGCUGGCAGAGCAAGUGACAGAUGAGAGGACAGCACAUUUUGGUUUACUGUUUGAUGAAUACCAAGGUUUGUCUCAUCUGGAGGCUCUGGAAAUUCUCUCCAAUGAAAGUGAAGCCAAGGUUCAGUCUUAUUUAUCUACACUGGGAGAAAAAGAGCUGGAAUCGUUAAAAUCAGAUCUUAUAGCAAUUAAAGAGAUAUUUCUCCAGAAAGAGUCUGAAGAUGAUUCUGAGACAAGUGCGAAUGAAGAUGAGACAGAAGAAUUUGCCACCAUGCUUACGGAGUUGCUUUUUGAAUUGCAUGUUGCAGCUACCCCUGAUAAGCUUAAUAAGGCUAGGAAAAAAGCUCAUGACUGGUUGUCCUCACAAAGCUUUUGCUCAGAAGAGGAGCCAACACUUCCUAAAUCAGAGAUGGAGGAGGAAAAAGAGUCCAGUGAAGAUGCCAAAGAAGAAACAACAGUAGAUGUUAAGAAAAGGCAGAAUAUUGAGGAAGUCUACAUGCGGUCUAUUGAAAGCCUAGCAGAAAUCACUGCCCGCUGCAUUGAGCAGCUCCAUAAAGUAGCAGAGUUAAUUCUACAUGGGCAAGAAGUGGAAAAGCCGGUGAAAGAUCAAGCAGUUGUCUUAACUAAGCUUACCAGUGCUAUGUGUAAAGAGGUGUCCUCUUUAUCAAAGAAGUUUUCCAACUUCCUGACUUCAGCUGCGAGCAAGACAAAAGCCGAAGUCCUGAAUCCAUUGGUAAACAGUAUACAGCUAGAGGGGAGCAACAGUUCCACCUACAUCCAAGAUGCAUUCCGACUGCUGCUUCCUGUUCUCCAGUUCUCACAGAUUCAAGCCAGCUCUUCCAAAUCAUAGAAGCCUCUCUGAGAGUAACCAUGGCACUCACAGAGUAGAAUGAGCUUGAGCUGCUGUAUAGGCGUUUAUGUUGGUUGUAAGCAAAUUUGCACAUUGAUAAAAGGAACCAAAUACGUUUUGAUAUAUGACAUUUUUUUAUUGUACUGGUAAGUUUCCUUAUGUGAAAACCACAUGCACCGAAGUAAGAUGUAUUAACAUGGUAUCCUUUAAAACAAACCAGCACACGGGAACCAUCUUGUUUAAGCUGUUGCAGAACUACAACUUUCGCGUUCCCAGCUGAUGAGGUGUCCUGGGAGUUGUAUUUUUUUUCACCAGUUGGAAAGCCAAAGUUUGCUUUUCAGUGUUUUAAAGGAAAUAUCAGCUUUACAAUCUUUCUUCGAAACACUACAAAUAUUUCAUUUCAUUUAAAUCGAUUUAUUGUGGGAUGUAUCCAUAAUCCUUCCUGACAUUGUUCAGAAGGGAAAUUGUUUACAAAACUGUAGUAAUUGGUUUUCAGCUUGAUCUUGUUUUAUUCUUCCAUGAUUAAAAAUUAAAAGUCAGGUCUCUAUCACCCCACACUACUAUAUAAAUACAAACAAUCAUUCUUUUCUGCACACCAUUUUAAGACAAAAAAUGACACGGGUGCUACCCACAUAUGUUGUACUUAAUAGAAAUCCAAAAUGAGUGGGUGCAUACCAGGAGCCUUAUUUUAUUGAAACCAUUAAAACAGGCCAACGUUUUAGUCUCCAUCUAAGACCUUUAUCAAGGAAACGUUGCCCUGUUUUUAAUGGCUUCAAUAAAAAACUCUUUUGAAGGCUCCUGGUGUGCAGCCACUGAUUUUGGAUUCAUAUAUAUGGGAUCCCUUAUCUGGAAACCCAUUUACCUGGAAAGCUCAGAAUUACGGAAAGGCUGUGUCCCAUAGACUCCCAUUUUAUCCAAAUAAUUCAAAUUUUUUGAAAAAGAGUUAUAUACCCAUAAGGCACAUUUCUGAAAACCCCCUGGUGGAGCAAUCUACCACAAUACUACCAGUAACCAGUCACAUGGAUGUUAAAGCCAUGCAUCUGAAAUGGUGUCUUUCAGCCCACAAACUGAAUAUUUUUUUAUUGCUUAAGAGUCUCCCCUAACAACAUCCAGUAGCCUCAAUAUAAGCCUCUGUAACUAUUACAACGUAGUGCUGGAGGUGAGGCUACUGUAGGGGGCUCUCAUUGUGGCAGAAUUACUCUGUAACGCAUAACAUUUACCUUUGGUGCUCAUCAAGGCUGGAACACUACAUAUGAAAUAAAUCAAAUAUUGGCCCUGUUCUGUCCAGUGGAGUUAAAAUUACAGAGGCAAGUGGAUCAGAAAGGACAGGGUGCUUCCUUUAUAAAGGUAUAAUCGCUAAUUAAUUUAUAAAGCAGUGCAGGGUAAAAUGCGAGUUUUGCAAACUAUCAUUACCUUAAAUAUUUUUGUUAUAAUAUACUAUAUCAUCAUCUCUGAACAUGCAUCAUUGAUACAGUCUUUCUCGCUAUGAAAUGAAUUCUGUGCUUUGUAAGUACUGUUAGUAGUGCUGCAUAUAACAAAGAGAUUGUAAAUGUUUGGUACAGCAGUAGCCCCCGGACCAAAGGAUGUCAACGGUGUGUAUCUGACCUUACUGUGUAAAUAUAUAUCCAUAGGAACUGGUUGCCCAAAACCCAUAGUUUAAAGAAUGGCAUGCAUCGUAGAAAGUGGGUGGAGUCUGAACUGGCUGAGUCAGGGGAGGGUCCUACCUCCAGUUAAUUUACCCAAGGGUAAUAUUGCUUUCUAGCGUGGUGCUUUAUUGUUCGUAUAAAUACCUGAACUAAGUAAUAAAACAGGGACUUCAUCAUAAUUUACUUAUACUUAUCUAGCACCUCAUUAUGUUGCAGUAUGAAAGUAAGACCCUAACGCAGUGCUGCCUUGCUUUUUCCAUAUAAUGGGCUGGUACUGUAACUAUGUUUAGGAUGCCAGAUUAAAAUAAUCAAGCCAUCCAAACAUGUUAGUCAAGCUUUUGAGCAAUUUGGGGUACCUGAAACUCUUUGGCAGGGCCACAUCCAGCAUGCAGGCCCCACGAUGGACAGCCAUGUUCUAACUUGUGAAAGAAUUGAUGUCAUGUUAGCAUAACAGAAAGCAGGGAGCUUGUCUGCUCUACUGUGAUUAGCUGAUGUUCACUUCCCAGACUUAUUCUCUAUGGCAAAUCACAAAAACUAAUAUAAUUUGGGGUCAAUUUACUAAAGGUUUAAACCAUUAAGUUAGAACCAAUAUCUUACAAAGAGCAGGAUCAGCUAUUUCUGCAUUCCACUGUUCACGUCUAACUCCAUUUACAGAAAUUACAACAACAAAGUGAUUGAGUAAGCGUAUUGUUAGUAUACAAGAUCUAACUUAAAGACAGAUUUACCAAAAAAUCUUGAUGCAUCUUUUUCUCAUCUUUCAGCAUAUUUACAAAGAAAUUAGAACCAUAAGAACUGCACAUUCUACUACAAAUCCUAAAAUGUAAAUAAAAUAGAAAUAGCUUCACGUUGACUUCGACAGAUGACAAAAUAUUUUCUUUAAACCAGCUCCAUAAGUGCAAGAAGACACAUUAGCACUGUGUGGCUCAUUGCACUAGGGAGGUACCUUUGCUGGAGAUUAUUAUUAAAACUGAUGACAACCACCUCCUCCAGGCUAAUGUUUGCAUUAAAAUUAAUGACAGGCUCCUAGGCAGGAUUCGGACACUCUUCUGCUGGGUGAAAAACUCAUUUUUUUUAGCCAAACCUUUUUUUAGUUGGUGAAAAGCGCAAUGUAAAGUGCAAUUCGGUAAAUUAACACAAUUAAAUGAAUUAUAAAAAUGUAAUUUAUUAGUUUCUAAUUUGAUGUAUUAGAAUCGAGGCUGAAUAUUUGUAACAACAUAUUAAAAACCAAUUGUGAUGAUUUCAAAACCUAUUUUAAGGCAAGAUAUGUCAUAUUUAUAAAAUGAGUUUACAUUCACUAUAUUAUCCUAAAAAAUGUUUAAGAAAUCACUUGUGUAGUGCAUUUUAAAGCUGAAUCAUAUCCGGUUGGACUGAGUCAUGGACCCGGCAUCCAACCUUGCACCGUUUUUCCCGGUGUUCCACCAGCCCAAUUCGACACUGGAUCAUACCAUCUGUAUGUGGCAUUUUGUUUCGCAGUAGAGCGACCAUUUUGAAUCUGAUCUAAAAAAUUCCAGUGAAACGAUCCCUGUAGAAUACAAAUUAUCAUGCAGAAUGAUCUAAUUACUUUUCUACACAGGCUCUACUAAACAUUUGUUGUAUUAAUCAAGAAAAGAUUGUCAUAAUUUUAUAGUUUGUAUAAUCAAUAAUUCAGUAGUAUUAGGUCCUUUUAAGACUUCUAACUUUAGGAAUCUUCUGUAUUUGUUAUGCAAUAUAUUUUCAUCAGGUCUGUCAUCUUAUAGUGAGAUGCAUUCUAAAAAGAAAGUAACUAAUUCCCCUUUAAAGCUUUUUUUUGUCUGAACAUAUCCUACACAAAAAACUGCUAUUUUGUUAAUUCUGUAAUUUAAUACAUUAUUAAACAAAAAUAUUUCAAAAAAAUA